UGUCAUAACAUAUCAGCGCCGCUGUUUCAUAUGGCGAUAGAGACCCUUUGAGAACUGUGCUCUCUGUCUCUGUGCUUCAACGGAGUAGAAAUAAACAAAUCAUUGAAACCUAAAGAUUUGGUUUCCUUUAACAGCACGCGCGCUGUCAGGGCUACAUCGGCAGAGUCCAUAAAAACCCGCUCACGUUGUGACAAACGGCACAGAUAGGGUGCUCGUCUGGGAAGACGUGGAAAAGUAACUCAUCUCGAUCGGCCACAGGUAGCUCCUUCAGCUCCUAAUAUCAGAGCACAGGUCAUGCGGGUGUCUCCGGACGGGGGGAGAGCUGAGAUCCAUUGGUGCCGCUGCUAGUCGCCCCGGUGGACUGAUCGCUUUUGCCGCAAGCUUAGCAGUAACGACGGAAUAAUGUCCCGAAGAAAACAGAGCAAACCCCGGCAGAUCAAACGCUCACUUGGAGAUCUUAAUGGAAGUGAAGAUCCAUCUGAUGAUGUAAGCAUGUCGGGAGAGGAUGGCGGAGCCUCGGACCAGGAGGAUUCUGCAGAGUGCGAUGGUUCAAGUCCUUCCUCAUUCCCGCCACUUUAUAAUGAAGAGCCAAGAACGCACGAGUCGCUGGCGGCACCAGAUGAGUGUGAAGAGGAUGAGAAAGGACUCCUUCACUGCUCCGAAGAAGAGGAGGAGGAAGAGACCGAGGGAGAAGCCGAACCUCACUGGAACGGCCCAGAUGAUCUUAUGCUGAGCGGGGCUGCUGAUGACCUCAAGGUCUUGGCCCUCAGGGAUCUGCCGGCUGACACUGUGUGGGGUCCGUUUUCUGGCAGUGUCCAAUCAGAGGAGCCCACCGAGGUAAACGAGAGAUCUUUCAUGUCUUUGGAGUGUGAAGACGCAGACUACUGGCUCCGGAGAAUACCUGUGACCUCACGCCCCACAGCGUCAAACUGCACCAUCUACAGUCAGGGAGGAGCUUUAUUCUGUAAGCUCACACAGGACCUGCCCAGCGGCAAUGCACUUGUGGCAAGACUGUCCUUCUCAACUGCUGAUCAGUCGAAGGCGAUACAGACGGGCGCUAUACGGUUGAAGGAGGAGCCUGAGUAUCCAGCUGCUCUGCACUCAGAAAUCCAGCUCCUCCCACAGCAGGCUGGCAUGGCUGCCAUCUUAGCAACUGCUGUGGUUAACAAGGAUAUUUUUCCAUGCAAAGACUGUGGAAUCUGGUACAGAAGUGAGAGAAAUCUCCAGGCCCAUCUCAUGUACUACUGUGCGAGCCGGCAGAAGCAGCAGACCGCUUCGUCUCCUCCACAGGACAAGCCUAAAGAUUCAUACCCCAACGAGAGGCUGUGUCCCUUCCCACAAUGCAACAAAAGCUGCCCCAGCACCAGCUCUCUGGAGAUCCAUAUGAGAACUCACAGUGGAGAGCGCCCUUUUGUGUGUUUGAUUUGCCUGUCGGCUUUUACCACUAAAGCAAACUGUGAGCGGCACUUAAAGGUCCACACAGACUCACUGAACGGUGUUUGUCACGGCUGUGGUUUCAUCUCCACAACACGAGACAUUCUGUAUAGUCACCUGGUCACAAGUCACAUGGUUUGCCAGCCUGGAUCUCACAGUGAGGGACACUCACCCAAACAGCCUACAGGCUUGAGUCCAGGAGACUCUGGAAUUGUCCUGAAAUGUCAAGUGUGCGGCUACUCCGCAGAAACACCUGCCCUACUCCAGCAGCAUGUCCACACACACCUAGAAGUGAGGGUUCCGGCUGAAAGAAGCCCAACUCCUCGUCAAAGCAGCCCCCCCUCCUCUAAGCUCCCAGACCCUCUGGAUGGAGAACCCGCCGCAUGCAUGUCCAGACCAGACUCGUCCAGCCCAGGUGCCAACGGCAGCUCUGCCUCUCAUGGCUGCAGUCCCCUGAACCAACUCAACAUCAAAGAGGAACCACGGUCAGAUUAUGAAACCGACUCGAAGGAGGAAGAAAGCUUAGGCAGCCCUCAAGGAAAUGCUGUGAGGAGGAGUUUGUCUCCGUCUACUUCACCUAAGAGCCCCUCUGUGGUAGCAGUUAAAGCAGAGCCCACCAGCCCAACUCCAGGUUCCAGCCCUGUACACCCUGGAACAGCCGGUUCGGUUCUUCCUGGAGGUGCAAUGUUCUUGCCGCAAUACGUAUUCAGUUCUGAGGCUGCCAUCAUGCCCCAAGCAUCCGAGAUCUUGGCUAAGAUGUCCGAGAUGGUCCACAGUCGGAUUAAACAGGGCCAGGGAGCAGCGGCCGGACCGCAGGCCUUCUACACACCAGGUUCUCCCGCCAGCGUUCACAAGGGAGCCACUUGCUUUGAAUGCGACAUCAACUUCAACAACAUCAACAACUUCUAUGUGCACAAGAGGCUUUACUGUUCAAGCAGGCAUCAGCAGGGAGAGGCUGCAGGCGUUUUGAAGGAAGGGGCAACCGCCACAGCCGCACCUCCCACUGCUCACGCCACUUCACCUCAGGCCAGACCUGUGAGCCGUACGGCCUCGGCAUCGCCCAGCUAUUCCGACCCUGCCCCAGGAGGCACGGCUUCAGAGCCCAAAACAGUUGAGGUGAAGAGUGAGGAACCAGGGAUGAAGGAUGCUACCUGCUCCUCUUCCUCAGAGGGGGAGGGGCCUGGAGGUGGACAGGCAAGUGAGGGUAGCCAGAGCCCGAGUGGGUCUGCUGAAGACCAAGAGGACGAACUAACACGCACAUUCUGCCAAGCCUGUAACAUUCGUUUCAGCCGGCAUGAAAACUACAUCGUGCACAAGCGCUUUUAUUGCGCCUCAAGACAUGACCCCUCCAAACAGCGGACUCAUUCUGGCAAGACCCCCUUCCUGCCCCAACCUAUCCGCACACGUAAGCGCAAGAAGAUGUAUGAGAUCCAUAUGGCUCAAAGUGAGGCUUUGGCCAACACUGCCGCUUUGACGGCAGCAACUGGGCUGGGGGUGAAACAGGAGGUUACUUCCGUUCCUCCACACUCCAAGGUGUCUGUGACCUCCAGUCCUGAGGGUGAUGGCCCGAUCGACUUGAGUAAAAGACCCAGACUAAGAGAGGACCCAAGAGGGACCAGCGUUCCUGCCGUGCCCCUUACUGACUACCACAAGUGUACCGCCUGCAGCAUUAGCUUCAACAGCAUUGAAAACUACUUGGCGCACAAGACCUACUACUGCCCAGCGACCACCCUACAGCCCCAAACACUGGAGCAACUCAGCCGGCUUAAGAGACCUGCCUCCACCUCACCCAAGAGCCGCGGCUGGGACUUGCACCCAGAUGCAAAAAUAGGCAAAACUGCAGUGGUUGCAAACCCAUCUGAGUCCACCCCUCUUAAUGCCGCUCAUGGAGUGAAGACCCCCCGCACCCCUCCAGUGGUCUGUCCAUACUGCCCUCCCAACAGACAGCUUACCUGUGACCUUGUAGAGCAUUUCAAAAUGGCUCACGGUCUAGUGAUCACGCUACAGCAACAUCCCGAGACGCAUUCGGCCGGAGUCAGUCCCAGUCCGAGUCUGAGCCCACGUGAGGCAGCCCCUCUCACCCCUCCUAAACCGAGCCCCCGACCCCAUAGGGACAGUGUGAAUGGCCGGAGCAUCAAACUAGAAGUCACCUCUCCCUCCUCAUCUGUGCUUAAUGGAAACCCUCUUGAUCAGAAAUCUGUAGGGGCGUCUACCACGGACCUGUCUCCCGCCAGAGUUCAUUUAACUGUGUCACCUGUGCCUGAGGCGGGGCAGUUAGGACACACCCUCAUUCCCACGCUCGUUCCUGAAAAGGCAGCCUUGUUGCUAAGCCAUGCCCACACUGCUCCAGCUAUGCCCACAACGCCCCUCGCCUCCCCCCUGCAAAAUGGAAACACGCGCUACUGUCGGCUGUGCAACAUCAAAUUCAGCAGCCUGUCCAAUUUCAUUGCACAUAAAAAAUACUACUGCUCCUCCCACAGUGCCGAACACGUCAAGUGAGUCCACGCAGUCACUUCUGCCAUUCCUCUCAUGCAUAGAAGUGCCAAUCACGGCACCGCCCGACCUCAUACGGACAGCGCGACAGCAGAACUGUUACUAGCCAGACACGGAGGUCUCUGUGCCGACCCCUUUGUUUCUGGUGUUGUUACUUACGGUAACUUAUUACACGUUAUGGGUCAAGUUUGUAUUACACUAAGAGAUGAGACUACCUGCUCACAGAAUACUCCCCCGAUUUCUUAUUUCCACACACCUGCAAACUUCUUUCUUUCUAGAGUUUUACAAUUCUGGAGGUGCAUUUGUCUAUAAUUUUUUUUAAAUGUGUUUAAUAAUUGUUCGAGCUGGUUUAAUUGAUGACAUUGUAGAUUGGUAAAAUUUUGUUUGCCUGAGCCAUGCUUGUUUAUCAUUUUAUUUCCUAAAUCACUGAUUUAGGGUCACAGCGGACUCCUACUGGAGGUCUUUAUAUACCUCGGCCUGUGAAUCUUCAGUCAUUCUUUAAAAACUGAACAACCCAGAUUUAAUUUGCAUCUGGUUACCUGUUCAAAACGAAAGAUUUUGAACUGUAAAAAAUGUGAAGUUGUUUUAAGUCCUCAUGCUUUCAGUUUAAUACUACCUAUUUUCCUUUUACUAAGAAAUACUUUUAUUAGUCAUACUGUCAAAAAGAAACAUUUCAAUCUUAAUGUGAUAUAGUUUCUUCUUAUAGUUUCUGGAAUGUGUCAUGUUUUUCACAUCAAUCAUUGGGACUUGAGAAGUAAAUAUGUAAGUGUUGUUGUAAUAAGACACACACACAGUCUGUGUCAGUAUUUGGUCAUGGCUCCCAAACAGGCAUUUAUUUAACAGAUGGCUGUGCUUUCUGAAUCUUUAUAAAGGACUGUGAUGAAGUUGUCGGGUUUGGAUUUUGAACAGUGUAAGAUGUUUGUUCUCUGGUUACCAGCUCCCUUCAACUCGAAACAUUCUCUGCUUCAAAUCCGAAAGACUUUUGACCUCUCUGGGCGAAUUUCACUCUCAUGAACGCACGUGAGAAGGCGUGUGUGGCUCUUUUUUAAACCUGAACAUGAAGUAUAGUAUAGAAAAGACGCAUAUCAUCGUCUUGCACACUGUCGAGCAAUGUUGAAGGGCACUAUAAGAGAGAGAAUUGAAAACUGACCCGAUCAGUAAGGUUUUCCUGGCAACCGGAUUGCUUUGUUUCUCUUUCAUUUUUGCAUUCUCUGACUCACCGUUUAAUUUUCCUCCGGACUUGCGUAAGUUAAACUACAGCGUCAUGCAAUCUGUCCUUGCGAGCUGGCUGCCCUGGCAAAGCCUUAACAAAGACUCUCGUCAACAUGUCUGCAACAACGGGUCACCAACUUCCACAGUGAUCCUCAAUCUACCCCACCAAGUGGACUUUGUGUAUGUUACCAGUGAUAUUUCCAUUUUCCUUGUUACAAAAGCAACCUAAACAGGAAAACACAAAACUCAGUUUGAAUUUCUCUCUGUUGUGGGUUUAAAACGGUGCUGUACCUGUCGUCAAUUCACACAGAGGCGUUUACAAUUCCAUCGUUUAAUCAUUUAGCAACUGUCACAAAGUCCAAAAGAACAGUGCUGAAUGCCCUAUUUUGACCUUUGCUAAUCCCUUUUCUAUUGCACUGUGUUGUACAAAAAAUGCUGAAUGUUUAGUUUUAGAAGCUUUUUUGUAAUGUAUUUAUGUUUUUAAAGCACUUUUUCUUGUCCUGAACUCGUCCCCGAAGGACUUACUUGUGAACAUUCUGACACAAGUGAAAGAUAAUUAAAUAACGUUGUGAAUAAUUAAAAAUGUUGAUGGAAAAGUAAUGAAUGUCAAACAUUUUCUUUGGGGAUGUUUAUCUCGGCUACAAGAAGUUCCACUACACAUUUUUGUCCAAACUAUGCAUGGGAAAUAAAGAGUCCAGAAGGACAUUCAAAGU